CUGCUCUCCACAUUGACUCCUACGGGAUUGAGUCAGGAGCGGCUGGUCCCUAUACACAGGCAUGGAUGGAUGUGGCUAUAGAUAGCAAACCAAUCCGAUGAGCAGAAAACUGGACCAAGUUCGGCCCUGAUGCAAACAGGUCCAGGGGGGUUGCGCUCCUCCGUGUAGCUGCUUCUUUCCAGUCACCAGCCGGAUGUAGAGUGAUGGGUGUGGUGCGCUGUAGCAGGAGCUGGUACCUCGCCCGCCCGGCUUCGCUCCCGCAGCCACUAGCUCUGGCAGGCUCUGCCUCCGGGUGCGCGCUGCGCCCUCCCCUUAUGGGUGUCAAGAAAGAGGCGGAGCCGCCUUCCCGUCCCUUGUAUCAGGAGCCGGUGUUACUCGCGGUCACUCAGAGCCGCCUUUAUCUUGCUCCACUGCAAGGGGGUGGCACUUGGGAACACCUUAUUUUACCAUAGACGCUAUAAAUACACCACCUGGAAUGGGAGCGGGGCUACGGGCCGCAGCGGGACACUGUGACGCACGGACACCGGGACACCAGCAGCAGCCAGAUCCAGAGAGCCGGCAGUGAGGCUCGACUCUACAGGACAUUGCAAACCGCCCCUGAGCGUUGCAGCGAGCAAGCGCGGGGAAGGCUUUGGAGAUACAAGGCCUGGCUCCUGGUGGCCCUUGCAAGGGGAUUUGGUGGGGCAGAAGAAGGAACCGGCUGCUGUGUCCGUGCUCCCCAGGCACCCGGUGAUCACUGGCAUUGCACCCCACCCAUCUGCCAACAUGAUGCAGAUCUGCGACUCCUACAGCCAGAAACACUCCCUCUUUAACGCCAUGAACCGCUUCAUCGGGGCCGUCAACAACAUGGACCAGACGGUGAUGGUGCCCAGCCUGCUGCGGGACGUGCCGCUGCUGCUGGAGGAGCUGGACUCGGGGGGCGGCUGCGGGGAAGGGGAUCCCCAGCUGUCGCCGGGGGACGCCGGCGCCUUCUUCUCCCGCAGGGACAUGUACAGCCAUUACCUGCUGCUCAAGUCCAUCCGCAACGACAUCGAGUGGGGGGUGCUGCAGCAGGGCGCCGAGGAGGCCAGCCGGAAGAAGGACAAGCUGAGCGGGGACAUUAGCCGGGGCCUCCCGGAGGCCGCGGUGGAGGAGGAGGACCUGGAGAAGCAAUUCCACUAUCACCUGAGCGGACUCCACACGGUGCUCUCCAAACUCACCCGCAAGGCCAACGUGCUCACCAACAGAUACAAGCAGGAGAUCGGCUUCAGCAACUGGGGGCACUGAGCCAGGGCAGCGCUUGGCAUGGGGGGCGGGGGGGGGGGGUGCCGCCGAGCAAGGGAUCCC